AUGCCAACCAAUGGGAUCCAUCAGGCCUUGAAGAUCCAGUUUGGCUUAAUCAACUCUGAUAAUCGCUAUUUAACAGCAGAGCACUUUGGCUAUAAAAUCAAUGCCUCGGCGCCGAGUCUGAAAAGGAAGCAAAUAUGGAGCUUGGAACAGGAUGGAGACAGCUCGGUGGUCUUCUUAAAGAGCCACCUAGGUAGGUACCUGUCUGCCGACAAGGAUGGCAAGGUCUCCUGUGAAGCUGAGAAGCCAGAAACAGAUGGGUGUUUUAUCAUUGUCACUCAGUCAGAUGGACGCUGGGCACUCCAGUCGGAACCGUACAAGCGCUUCUUUGGUGGUUCUGAAGACAGGUUGUCCUGUUUCGCCCAAACCAUUACUGAAACUGAACUCUGGAUUGUACACUUGGCCAUCCACCCCCAAGCUAAUCUUCUGAGCGUUAGCAGGCGAAGGUACGCUCACCUCAGUGCCCAAGAGGAUGAGAUCUCUAUUGACAGCAACAUCCCUUGGGGUGUGGAUUCGCUGAUCACCCUUACCUUCCAGAGCAAGAAGUAUUGCCUACGAACCUGCGACAACCGCUACCUGCGGAACGAUGGCACCUUGGUCCAGGAGCCUGACCGCCAUUCAGGUUACACCCUGGAAUUCAAGGCAGGGAAGUUGGCCUUCAAGGAUUGUGAUGGGAAGUACCUAGCACCGGUGGGACCUACGGGCACUCUAAAAUCUGGCAGGAGCUCCAAGCCAGGGAAAGACGAACUCUUUGAUCUGGAAGAGAGUCACCCGCAAGUGGUUUUUGUGGCUUCCAAUGGCAGAUACGUCUCCAUCCGUCAAGGUGUGAAUGUCUCGGCCAAUCAGGAUGAAGAAACACACCAUGAGACCUUCCAGAUGCAGAUUGACAAAGAAACCAAGAAGUGUAUUUUCCAUUCCAACACAGGCAACUACUGGACCUUGGUGGCACACGGAGGGAUUCAAGCCAUGGCUACUGAAAUAUCCGCCAGCACUAUGUUCGAUCUUGAAUGGCGUGGUCGCCGUGUUGCCCUUAAAGCUAACAAUGGCAAAUACAUCUGCACCAAGAAGAAUGGGCAACUGGCAGCUGUCAGUGACAGAGUGGGUGUGCAAGCCUGUGGCGUUCCUGCAUCGUGUUGUCUGAAUCCACUGGAAAAUGGUACCAUCCUGAAUUCCCAGUGUGGCUUUGGCACCCUGGGCAUGGAGGAGUUUGCAGUUCAAAGCACCAUCUAUCUUGGAGGCUGUGUUCCCCAGUUAAACAGGUGGCUCAAUAGUCACGCAGGAACAAUAGGCUUCUUUGCUGUAGUUUUGGUUGUGAUUGAAGUAGGUAGCCUGCUUCUGGCCAUUAAGGUCCUGGCAGGCAUUGCUUCUGCUCGGACUCAGCAUUAUAGUGGGAAGGAGGGCACGCAUUAG